AUGAGCACCACGUUCCUGCAGACUUCCUCCGCUUUUGGGGGUGGCUCUUCCCGGGGGGGUGCCCUCCGGGGUGGGGGCGGUGGCUUCGGCGGGGGGAGUCUCUAUGGGGGUGGCGGGAGCCGAAACGUCUCGGCUUCGUCUGCGAGGUUCGUCUCCUCGGGGUCUGGAGGGGGCUACGGGGGCGGCAUGAGCUCUGGCUUUGGUGGAGGGGCCGGCGGUGGCUUCGGGGGUGGCUAUGGCGGGGGUUUUGGCGGUGGCUUUGGGGGUGACUUUGGUGGUGGCGAUGGCGGCCUCCUCUCCGGCAACGAGAAGAUCACCAUGCAGAACCUCAACGACCGCCUGGCCUCCUACCUGGACAAGGUGCGCGCCCUGGAGGAGGCCAACGCCGACCUGGAGGUGAAGAUCCGGGACUGGUACCAGAGGCAGAGCCCGGCCAGCCCGGAGCGCGACUACAGCCACUACUUCAAGGCCAUCGAGGAGCUAAGGGACAAGAUCCUGGCAGCCACCAUCGACAACUCCCGGGUCAUCCUGGAGAUUGACAACGCCAGGCUGGCUGCCGACGACUUCAGACUCAAGUACGAGAACGAGCUGGCCCUGCGCCAGAGCGUGGAGGCGGACAUCAAUGGCCUGCGCCGGGUGCUGGACGAGCUGACCCUGGCCAAGGCCGACCUGGAGAUGCAGAUCGAGAGCCUGAACGAGGAGCUGGCCUACCUGAGGAAGAACCACGAGGAGGAGAUGAAGGAGUUCGGCAGCCAGGUGGCCGGCCAGGUCAACGUGGAGAUGGACGCGGCCCCGGGCGUGGACCUGACCCGCGUGCUGGCCGAGAUGCGAGAGCAGUACGAGGCCAUGGCCGAGAAGAACCGCCGGGACGCUGAGGCCUGGUUCUUCAGCAAGACCGAGGAGCUGAACAAGGAGGUGGCCUCCAGCACGGAGAUGAUCCAGACCAGCAAGACGGAGAUCACAGACCUGAGACGCACCAUGCAGGGGCUGGAGAUCGAGCUGCAGUCCCAGCUCAGCAUGAAAGCCGGGCUGGAGACCUCGCUGGCCGAGACGGAGUGCCGCUAUGCCACGCAGCUGCAGCAGAUCCAGGGGCUGGUCAGCAGCCUGGAGGCCCAGCUGGGCGAGCUCCGCAGCGAGAUGGAGGCUCAGAACCAGGAGUACAAGCUCCUGAUGGACAUCAAGACGCGGCUGGAGCAGGAGAUCACCACCUACCGGAACCUGCUGGAGGGCCAGGAUGCCAGGAUGGCUGGCGUUGGCACCAGAGAAGCCUCUCUGGGCGGCAGCGGCGGCGGCAGCAGCAAACUCCACAUCAACGUGGAGGAGUCGGUGGACGGGAAGGUGGUUUCUUCCCGCAAGAGGGAGGUCUGA